AUGUCUGACUACGGUGACAACGACGCAGAGGAGACCAAUGAUUAUGAGCCUUUCGAGGAGGUCUUCGAUGACAAUGAACCCGACGAUUUUAUCGACCAAGAGGGCCUCGGAGACGGUGAUGAUGGGGAGGAUUCGUAUCAGCCACCGGUCAAUGGUGACAAUGAGAACGUCGUUGUCUCGGGCGACCCCAACUCGGGAUACUCGGGCAAGGUGAUGGAGCAGUCUCGCGAAAAGAAAGUGCCAAAUGAGAAGCGCACGACCACUCCGUACUUGACCAAGUAUGAGCGCGCGCGAGUUCUCGGUACUCGGGCUCUGCAGAUCAGCAUGAACGCUCCUGUACUGGUCGACCUUGAGGGCGAAACCGAUCCCCUACAGAUUGCUAUGAAGGAAUUGAACCAGAAGAAGAUCCCUCUGAUCAUUCGCCGAUAUCUGCCCGACGGAUGGUACGAGGAUUGGUCCUGCGAAGAGCUGCUCUAG